UUCCAAAUAUAAUAUAAGAAGGGCAACAAAAGUUAAGGGGCAGUUUGGUAACAAAGGCUGAAAGUUUUCUUCUUCUUAUGCUCUCUGCGAGAGAAUCCAUAAAAUCCUAUUCAAACAAAAUUUAUUUGUAACAUAAUUAAAUUAAUAAAUAUAUUUAGAACGAAGAAAAACAAACAAAAAAGAGAAAAAAGAAAAAUUAAACCCUAGCUGUUAAUUUGAAAACAAAUGGAGGGACGAGGAAGAAGAGGAGAUACAUAGAAUAGCUUUGUAAUUUGUCUUUGGUUUUGGUUUCUCCAAUUAUAUGGAGAAAGAAAAGCAGGCAACCCGAACCGAAACCCAAAACCGUGAAGAAGAAGCAGAAGAAAGAUGGGGGACAUGGGAAGAGCUAUUGCUAGCAUGCGCAGUGAAACGACAUGGUUUCAAGAACUGGGAUUCCGUCUCCAUGGAACUCCAAACAAGAACCUCUCUCCCUCAUUUUCUCACCUCCGCCCGUAACUGCCAACAAAAGUACCACGACCUCCACCGCCGCUUCACCACUUCCAAAAACGACUUCGUUCAGCCACAGGAAGAAGAAGAUGAAAAUAACAGUAAUAAAGUUGCUAGUAUCCACAUUCCAUGGCUUGAAGAAUUAAGAAAGCUCCGCGUCGCUGAGCUUAAACAAGAAGUUCACCGUUACGAUAUCUCUAUCCAUUCUUUGCAGCUAAAAGUGAAGAGAUUAGAGGAAGAGCGAGAGAAAGGUAACCAAAACGACGACGUAACAAUACCAGAUCUGGAACAGCCACAGAGCGAUAAAAAGGAGGAAGAAGAAGAGGAAGAGGAGGAAUCUGAGCAAAAAGAAUCUGUUUCAGGAGAUGAAUCUGACAGGGAAAACCGGUCAGUUAACGAAUCGAACUCUACCGGUUCAGAGGGGGAGAAGAAAGGAGUAGCUAAACCGUCGGUUCAGGAGGAUGAGGAAGCGCCGGUUUUGAGUGGUUCAAGCUCGAAAUCGGUGGAAUCGCAUGAGUUGGCUGACUCGGUGACUCAGUUGAGUAGUGAGGUUCAGAGCUCGGCGAGUUUAGGUGGGAAGAGAAAGAGGAAAGGCAGAAAGAGGAGGGAGGAGAUUGCAGCAGGAGGCGAUGGGAUCAAAGGUCGCAUGAUGGUCAAAUCUGAGCCGUUGAUUGCUUUGUUGGAAAGUAUUCGGGCGCAUAAUCAUGCUUCUUUAUUUGAGGGCCCACUUAAAACCCAGGAAACAGACGUGUAUAAAAACAUGAUCAGGCAGCAUCUGGAUUUGGAAACAAUACAGACGAAGCUGGAACAAGGAUCCUACUCUUCUUCAAAUCUCUUAUGCUAUCGAGAUCUCUUGCUUCUCUUCAAUAAUGCUAUAGUUUUCUUCUCCAAAUCCUCCAAUGAAUCUACUGCAGCCUAUGAACUCAGAUCAGUCGUCUCAAAUCAAAUGAAGAAAGAGAUUCAAAAACCUGAGUUUACUGCAGUGCCUCAAGAGAUUCCACCUCAGCCAAAAAGUGAACUGCAAAAGUCAGACUCAUUACUUGCUAAGCACAAGGCUUCAGCUCCCAUUGUAGUCUGCCGCAAGCGGAGUUCAUUGACAGCUAAACCUUCCCCUUCUAGCUUUGGCCAAAAGACUGAACAGCAGCAGCCGCAACAGCAACAACAGCAAAUCAAUGACAAUGAACCACCUAGUGAUUCAAAGCCACCUGUUGUUGAACAGAGUUUAUUAAAGAUAGAAGCAAAAGAGAAGCCUGUUACUGGCACCAGGAGCUCUAGAAGAAGCAACAAGAAUCUUGCAAAAGGUACAACUACCCCAAGCAAGAAGCAAAAUGCGAGCCCUACCACAAAGGUUGACACAGUUGACAGGCCUGAAACUCCUAAAACUGAGAAGAAGAAAACUGAAGUGUUGGCAUUGGAUAAGAAACGAAGUGCAGCAGAUUUCUUGAAGAGAAUAAAGAAAAAUUCCCCUGUGGAGACGGCAAAGAAAAAUACUAGGGGAAGUGUUAAUGGCGGCAUGGAAUGGAAAAAGGAUAAUAAUACCGGGAAAGGGGAGAAAGGGAAAGAAAGAGUACUACGAAAAAAUGGUGAUGAAAAACAAGUGGAGGAGAGUAGCCCAUCAAAAAGAAAUGUUGGGAGGCCAUCAAAGAAGAGUGUAGAGGUGAGCAAGGUUUCAGGGAAACGUGGGAGGGAAAAUGUUGGAAAGGAGGCAGCAAAACGGCCAAAAAAGCGGUCUAGGAGGUAGAUAUUGGCUAAUAUGUAAAAUUUGAUUCUGUAUAUUACGUAGCUUAGGGUUUCAUAACUGGAUCAGUGAGUAAUUUAUGAA